AUGGAAAGUGAGAAUACGUCAUAUUGUCGAUUGUGCGCAGAACUAAAAUCCUUCACAAAUAUGAUUAACUUUCAAAGCGACGAAGCAAAAUCGCACAAAAUAAUUGAGAAAUUAUCUCGUUUGAAUAUUAUGUAUGACGAUUUCACUAAUCCUGAUCCCGACCAACCAAAAACUAUAUGCUUUUCAUGUAUAGAAAAUCUUAACAUAGCCUAUGAAUUUGUAGUUAGAGUAGACAGAGCCCAGAGUGUUUUAUCUAAUAUAGUUAAUAAUGAAUUAAAAAAGGAACAUUGUUCUUCAGAAGACGAUCAACAAAAUGAUAUGGUAGAUAGCAAAUCAGAUAGCAGCAUAUAUAUGAAAGAAGAAUUUGAUUCUCAAUCCUACAACUGUUUGUAUCAAUCAGUGGACUCUAAAAACUGCAAAAAACCUUGCACGAGCAAUGUCAACAAUAAUGAACUAAUUUUGGAUAUUCUUCCUCCUUUGAAAUGUAUAAAAUCAACUUGGAGUGAUUAUCUUUGGACUUGUGCAUAUUGUGAAACACAGUUUGCCACUGUAGAGGAAUUAAAAGUUCAUUCCAUGCAAUAUCAUCAGUGCUGUAAUGCAUUUAGAUGCAACGACUCACCAGUUACAUUCGCAUAUUAA